UACUUUCUAAUACGAAUGAUAAACACACCACAACGGGCAAGAGCUGUCAGAUCGCAGCAGCUCGCCGUCAGUAUGUGGCCUGUAGUCUUCAUCUCUGCUUGUUUUCUAAGGAUUUCAUCAGCUUGUGAGUUUAAUCCGUCAUCUCCUCUGGAGACUGGGAUAGUCUGCCGACUGACGAAGCCAGCAGCCUUGGUGUUGAACGAACAGACUGCGCAAGUUAUCCAGGCUGCAUUUCGACACGCGUCAAUUCCGGACAUAAAUGGAGAGAGAGGCGUCAGGUUUUUGGGAAAAGUGACAUAUGGUCUAACCAACAUCCAGAUCAGCAAUUUGUCAAUUGAAAGCAGCGAAGUAGAACUGAGAGAAGACGAUGCUAUUAAUAUUGUCAUCAAAAACGUAAGCUCGUCAAUUAAAGGAAUCCUGAACUAUGGAUACGGGUCCUGGUUUGUACAUGUUGGACAAUCUAUUGAGUUUGAGAUUGACUCAUCUACCGAUUUGGUAAUAAACAACAAACUCGCUUGCACGAACAGACGGGUUGCUGCAGACACAUCUGACUGUUAUCUGACGUUUCAUAAACUUCAACUGCAUCUUCACGGAAACAAAGAUCCUGGAUGGCUACGGCAGCUUUUCACAGAUUUCAUCUCUUUCACCUUAAAACUUGUACUUAAAAGUCAGAUCUGUAAGGAGAUAAACGACGUGGCCAAUUUACUUGCAGAUUUUAUCCAGCAAAGAGCAGGGGAUUUCUUGACUUCUGGGGAUAUAGGAGUAAACAUUGAUUUAACAUCCUUUCCUGUUACAAAAGCGAAUUACUUGGAAACCCAUCACAAGGGUCUACUAGUCUAUAAAAACACCACAGUUCACUUUAAUAACUCAGUGUUCUCCCCUUCACUGUUAACGGAAGACCGGAUGCUAUACUUUUGGUUCUCUGAAGACGUGUUGAACUCCUUAGCCUUGGCUGCUUUUCUGGAUCAGCGGUUUGUGCUUCUGCUCACAGGACAUGAACUGAAGGAAAUCUUGAAAGAUGAUACAGAAUCUAACCAGGAAAUCCUACAAGAGAUCUUCCACAAAGCAUCAAGCAACAGUUCCCUAACAAAAGUGUGGAGCCUAACACCUCCUGAAAUUAGAAUCACCCCAAAAGGAACUCUGGUCACAUCAUCUGUAGCUGUCCAGCUCUCCACCUCUUUGGAUGAAAAACCCAAGUUAUAUUUUGAAACAGACGUCAUCACUACAAUCCAAGCUUCUUAUGCAGAUAAAAAACUAAGGUUACACCUUGUGGAUGAUGUAGUUCACAUCAAAAAUGUCAUUAGCUCCUUACAUAUAUCUACGGAAGAGCAUCAGAAGGAGGCGGCCUUGAACCAGUUUCUCAAUAAAACCGUAUCAAAGUUUGGGAUCCCAACAGUUAUAGAACGUUUGGAGCCAGCCUUGACGUCUCUAAUGAACAGUAAAGGGCUCUAUUUGUUUGAGAUUAUAAAUCCGGAGAUAAUACCAUAUGAGGGUUAUUUGAUAGUCCAAAUGGAUUUUGGAUUCCCUCAUCAUUUGCUUGUGGAUUUCCUCAAAAAAUCGAUGUAGAAGAAGAUUUUCCGAGAACCAAGUAUAACUCAAGACAUCGUAGAUUGUUUGAAUAUAAGCAAAUAAUGUGAUGUGCAUAUCCCAAAAGGUUUCCGUCUGCCAAUUUAUAUUACUGUUAAAUAAUGGAAAUAAAAAAAAUGCCUAUUUACAAAGAUUUAAA